AUGAGGUGCAGCUUAAAGGCAUCACCCCACGAGUCUGAUGCGGAUUUCAGAACGAGCACCGUAGCGACACGAGGCGAGUGUGGGGGCGAGGGUGUGCUGGAUUGGCCGCAACCUCCUGGUCGCCCGCUUGCUGCUCUGCUUCAGUGGUCGUGUCCUGCCUCUGAAACGCUUCGAAAAGAAAUGACUGGCGUGGACUCAGCAGAUGGCGAUUCGGCUGCAAAUGAGGUGCAGCCCGAAUCAGGUUGUACAGUUCACUGUAAUGAGGCUGUUGAGCAACGGCUAAUGUCCAGGAUAGACACUCAAUCUGAAUGUGCUUCUGAAACAGAAAUCAAGAAGGAUGACACGUCUAGCCAAAACUCCAAAAAAGUGUUGGUAAUGAUUACCAUCACUUUUCUUUUCUUUUUCGUCGAACUGACGGUUGGAUUCAUGAAUCGCUCUAUCGCAUUGUUGGCCGAUUCUUAUCAUAUGCUUUCGGAUGUUAUGGCUUUAGUCAUUGCAUUUGUGUGUCUACGGAUAUCGAGGCGAAAAUCGAAACGGAAUGGUUUUGGUUGGGUUCGAGCUGAAGUACUUGGCGCUCUUGUUAACGGUGUUUUUUUGUUAGCAAUGUGCUUCACGAUUUCCUUAGAAUCUAUUGGGAGACUUCUUCAUCCUAGGAGGAUCUCUCAUCCUCUCCAGGUCCUGAUUGUCGGCUGCAUAGGACUCCUCAUAAAUGUGAUUGGAAUAGGAAUGUUCCAUGGUGGCCACGGACAUACUCACGGUGAUGGUGGCCACGGACAUGCUCACGGUGAUGGUGGUCACGGACAUAGCCAUGGAGAGAAAUCUCCAAAAAAGGGCGUGCACGAGGACUCUGAUGAGAAUCCAAAACUGAAAACUAAGGACGAUCCAGAAGAAUGCGAGAUUGAUUCUGAUUCCGAUGCUGCAAUUGUGAAUCGACCGGGACGUUCUCGGAGUCGCAUCGGCCAGGACUGCUCACACAAUCUUUCUCUUAUCGUCGGAAGUGGAUCAAAACAACACCUCGCUUUAAAGUUGGUGAAUCUUGACGAGAAUGCCGAAAUCGAGGAAUUCACCGAUAGCGAAGCUGCAAAGCGUAAACAAAAGCAAGCUGAUGCGGAAAAUCUCAAUAUGAGAGGCGUUUUCUUGCACAUUAUGUCCGAUGCCAUCGGAUCCGUGUUCGUAAUAAUAACUGCUUCGUUAGCAUUAUUUUUCCCAAAUGCUUUGGGGCGUCUUAACGAUUAUCUGGAUCCAGCCUUAAGCCUGACACUAGUCACACUUAUCUGUUUUUCUGCGUAUGCUUUAGUGAGGGAAACCGCUGACAUAAUUCUCCGACGUACGCCAGCUUUUCUUGAUUUCGAUGACAUUAACACAGACAUUAUGAAGAUUAGAGGUGUCGCGGCAGUACGUAGUACUUGCGCUUGGACACUUGUUGGUAAUCGUCAUCUGGCAACAGCUGAGAUUGAGUUCUGCACCCCGGCUUCGUUCGAUGCGGCAGCUCCUAAAAUUCGUAAAGUCUUUCACAGAUACGGGAUUCAUUCCCUGACAAUGCAGCCUAUCUUUUCCUCAGCUGCAUGCGCAACUAAGGCGCAAGCGAAUUCUACGCUGUGUCCCAUCAAGGAAGAUAUGUCAGAUAACUUAGAAACGCCACUGCUUGGGAAAAAUCAGCAAUAG